ACUCACUGGGAUACCAAACCAAACUCUAAACUAGUUCUUAACUAACUUUAUUUCUUGGGGUAAAUUCCAAAAGAACACAACUGUAGUUCAGUUAGAAGACAAAGAUGCUUCAUUUCAAGUUUCAUCAAACUCCUCUGAUCAGAACCAAACCUCCUCCAUGUCCACUUGGAGCUCGCCUGAGCUCAUCAGCUGUUGCAGUCAAUGGCAAACUACUAGUGCCAGCUGGGUUUGUGUCCAUGACCAAUGUGAGACGAUCUCGGCCGUUGACUGUGUCAGCUAGCAGCUCUUCCCAGAGCACCACCACCAUUGAACCUCCGAGUGAUGCCAACAACAUCAAAGGGACCGUGGUUUUGAUGAAGAAGAAUCUUCUGGAGCUCAACGACCUCGGAGCUUCUUUCAUCGACCGUGUUCAUGAGCUUUUGGGGAAAGCUGUUUCUCUCCGGCUCGUCAGUGCUGUCAACACUGACCCUGCAAAUGGGAAUCGAGGAAAAAUUGGGAAGGCUGCUUAUUUGGAGAAUUGGAUCUCCAAAGUUACCCCAUUGACAGCAGCAGAGUGUGCAUUUAAGGUUAAUUUUGUUUGGGAUGAGAAGAUUGGAGUGCCAGGAGCUUUCAUCAUAAGAAAUGAACAUGCCAGUGAGUUUUACUUGAAGUCUCUCACACUUGAAAACGUUCCCGGAAAAGGUAGAGUUCACUUUGAUUGCAACUCAUGGGUGUACCCUGCUGACAAGUACAAGAAAGACAGGGUUUUCUUCACUAACAAGACGUAUCUUUCGAGUGAGACGCCGGUUGGACUAAAGAAGUUUAGAGAAGAAGAGCUAGUGACCUUGAGAGGUGAUGAUGUUGUUAAAAAGGGAGAGCUUCAGGAAUGGGACAGGGUUUAUGACUAUGCUUAUUACAAUGACUUGGGGAGUCCAGACAAAGGUGAGAAGUAUGCUCGCCCAAUUCUUGGAGGGUCGGCCGAGUUCCCUUAUCCUCGAAGGGGAAGAACUGGAAGAGCCGCAAACUUGAAAGAUCCCAAGAGUGAGAGACCUCUGCCUCUUGUUAAGGGCUUAUUUGUAUAUGUUCCAAGAGACGAAAAAUUUGGUCACUUGAAGAUGUCAGACUUGAUUGCAUAUGCCCUGAAAUCGAUAUCUCAGAUCCUGAAACCUGAUGAGCUAGCUACUCUACUUGGUCAUCAAAAAGAGUUUGACAGCUUGGAAGAUGUACUUAAGCUCUAUGAAGGAGGAGUAGAGUUGCCAGAGGGCUUGUUAAAGUUUGUCAGGAGUACCACCCCUGCCGAGACAGUGAAGGAACUUUUCCGGACUGAUGGUGAACGAUUGCUGAAGUUCCCGGUGCCUCAAGUGAUCAAAGAGGAUAAGUCGGCAUGGAGAACUGAUGAGGAGUUUGCAAGAGAAAUGUUGGCUGGUCUAAACCCUGUCAGCAUACAUCGUCUCCAGGAGUUUCCGCCAGCUAGCAAGCUAGACCCAAAUGUAUAUGGAGAUCAAACCAGUAAGAUAACCAAAGAACACAUAGCAGAUAAAUUAGAUGGACUCAGCAUAGAUGAGGCAAUCAACAAGAACAAGCUGUUCAUACUAGACCACCAUGAUUCAUUGAUGCCUUACUUGGAGCGUAUAAAUGCAACUUCUGUAAAAGGUUAUGCAAGCAGGACACUCCUUUUCUUGAAAAAUGAUGGGACCUUGAAGCCAGUAGCUAUUGAAUUGAGCGUGCCAAAUCCUGGCGGAGUUGGUUGCACUAGCGAAGUCUACACUCCAGCUAGCCAAGGCGUUGAGAGUCACAUUUGGCAGCUCGCCAAAGCUUAUGUGGCUAUAAACGACUCAGGCUAUCAUCAGCUUGUCAGCCACUGGUUGAGAACUCAUGCAGUGAUUGAGCCGGUUAUCAUAGCAACAAACAGGCAGUUGAGCGUGCUUCACCCAAUUUACAAGCUUCUACAUCCUCAUUUUCGUGACACCAUGAAUGUAAACGCAGUAGCGCGACAGAUUCUCAUUAAUGCUGGUGGAGUGCUAGAGAACACAGUCUUUCCUGCAAAAUAUUCCAUGGAAUGGUCGUCUGUGAUGUACAAGAACAGCUGGGUUUUUCCUGAACAAGCACUCCCCAAGGAUCUGAUCAAAAGAGGAAUGGCGGUUGAAGAUUCAAGCGCUUCACACGGUGUGCGGUUACUAGUAGAGGACUAUCCAUAUGCUGCUGAUGGGCUUGAAAUCUGGUCUGCAAUCAGAACAUGGGUGGAAGAGUAUUGCUCCUUCUACUUCAAAACUGAUGAAAUGGUGCAAAAGGACUCGGAACUCCAGUCGUGGUGGAAAGAACUCCGAGAAGAGGGUCAUGGCGACAAGAAAGAUGAGCCUUGGUGGCCUAAAAUGCAGACUGUUGAAGAGCUAAUAGAAUCAUGCACUAUCAUCAUAUGGACUGCUUCAGCUUACCAUGCAGCAAUCAAUUUCGGGCAGUACCCUUAUGGAGGAUACCCUGCAAACCGUCCCAGCAUAAGCCGGCGGUUCAUGCCGAAGAUAGGCACUCCUGAGUACGAGCAACUCAAGAAGAACCCCGAAAAGGCCUUCUUGGAAACAAUUACACCUCAGCUGCAGACCCUUCUUGGCAUGGCCUCCAUUGAGAUAUUGUCAAGGCAUUCAGCUGAUGAGAUUUACUUGGGGCAGAGAGAGAGUCAAGAAUGGACAGCAGACACCAAGGUCUUGGAAGCGUCCGAGAAUUUCAGAAGCAAGCUCAAAGCAGUUGGGGAAAGAGUGACAAAGAUGAACAAGGAUGACAAAUUGAAGAACCGGACUGGACCGGCCAAGAUGCCUUACACUUUACUCUAUCCUUCCAGCGAACCUGGACUCACCGGAAAGGGAAUCCCCAACAGUGUCUCAAUCUAGUGCCCCAUGUAGUGUGAUUAUUACUUAAGUUUGUGAGCAUGAUUAAUUCUCUUAGAUUUUGCAUUGGUUUGAGAAUAAUAUCCAGGAAAUAUUAAUGUAUCCCAUAAUAAAUGGAAAAUCGCUUUAUU